AAAAGGAAAAAAAAAAGGUUUGGUGGCUCAGAAGUUAAAAACAACACCAACAAGAGAACACACCUUUUCAUUUCCAGAUCGCAAUCGCAAUCGCAAUCGCCCCCUGCAAUCUAGGGUUCCCCCAAAUCCCCUUAACAUCAUCAUCAUCUUCGAUUGCAUUCACGAUCUGCUUCCACCCCACCACCAUUUAAUAAAAAAUCAUGACGAUUCCUGAUUCUGGUUCCAUGAUGGAUAACGAAUCACUUUGCUUGCCGUGCACUCCAGAAGAAGAAGCAAGGAUUGUUAAACAGUUGACAGAAAAGGAUGAAUCUUGUUUGAAAGAAGGCAACUUUUACUAUGUUCUUUCCACCAGGUGGUUUAAGAAAUGGCAGAAGUAUGUUGGUGAGGAAAUUGGUGAAUAUGAGAUGGAAGACGUUUCUAUAGAUAAACAAUCUUCGACGUUGACAAAAGCAGGGGAGCGACCCGGACCAAUCGAUAACGCAGACAUAGUUAAAAACGAAGAGGGUCGUGAUGGGGGUGACUUACAGCUUCAUAGAACACUAACCGAACAAGUUGAUUAUGUUUUAGUUCCCCAACUAGUUUGGGAAAAGCUUCAUGGAUGGUACAAAGGAGGACCGGCUUUACCAAGGCAGAUGAUAUCACUUGGUAUUCAAAAAACGUUAUCGGUCGAGGUGUACCCUCUAGCUUUGAAAUUGAUGGAUUCAAGAGACAAGAGCGAAACAAUCAUACAUAUCAGUAAAAAGGCCUCGUUAAAGAAAUUAUACGAGCAUGUAUCAACACUCAAAAGGGUAGACCUUGAGAAGAUACGACUCUGGGAUUAUUUUAAUGAUUGCAAGCAAACGGUUCUGGCUAAAUCGAAUCAAACUCUCGAGGAUUCCAACCUGCAGAUGGAUCAAUCUAUUUUUUUAGAUCUUCAACCUGACGGAUUUGUAUCCUCUAGAUCUAACAUGGAUUCAACGGGAAAUCAGUUAGCGUUGGUUUCUAUGGAACCGCCGAGAUCGUCUCGCACAAUAGCCGGUGGUCCGAGUUUGUCAAACGGUUAUGGACCGGAUUACGGUUCUAGCUUGUACCAGGGAUCUACUUUCGGCUCGGUUUCCACGGAUAUGGAAGAUGCACGUGAUUCCAUGAGAAGUGCUCCCCAACGAGAUAGAGGUUUAGCGGGAUUGCAGAAUCUCGGGAACACUUGUUUCAUGAAUAGCGCACUUCAAUGUCUGGUUCAUACGCCGCCUUUUGUGGAUUACUUUUUGCAGGACUAUAGUGAUGAGAUUAACAAGCAGAAUCCUUUAGGAAUGCAUGGUGAACUUGCGGUUGCGUUUGGUGAGUUGUUGAGGAAACUUUGGUCAUCUGGUCGUACGGCUGUUGCUCCUCGCGCUUUUAAAGGAAAACUUGCUCGUUUUGCUCCUCAGUUUAGUGGUUAUAAUCAGCAUGACUCUCAAGAACUCUUGGCCUUCUUGUUGGACGGUUUGCAUGAAGAUCUAAAUCGCGUUAAGCAAAAACCGUACAUCGAAACAAAGGAUUACGAUGGUCGCCCUGAUGAGGAAGUUGCAAGUGAAUUUUGGAGAUACCAUAAAGCUCGAAACGAUUCGAUCGUAGUGGAUGUUUGCCAGGGUCAAUACAAGUCAACGCUGGUUUGUCCAGUUUGUAGCAAAAUCUCGAUUACCUUUGACCCGUUCAUGUACUUGUCAUUACCACUACCUUCAACCACUACACGUUCAAUGACAAUAACCGUAUUCUACGCCGAUGGAAGUAGCUUACCCAUGCCAUUUACCGUUAACGUGUCGAAAUACGGUUACUAUAAGGACCUCUUUCAGGCUUUGGGUACCGCAUGUUGCUUAGAAAGUGACGAAACCUUGAUUAUUGCAGAGGUUUACGAACACAAGAUAUAUCGUUACUUGGAUAACGGGGAAUCGUUGCCCUCGAUCAAAGAUGAUGAAUGCAUUGUGGCCUAUAGACUUUCGAAAAAACAUGCCGAACUUCCCAUGCUAGAGAUAUGCCACCGAUAUCUUGAAAAUGUGAAGCUAGGUGAAAGAAAGAGAUUCUUGACACCGUUGGUUACCUAUUUAGAAGAUGCGAUAAACGGGACUAGUAUCGACUUAGCGGUUGCCAGAGUUCUGGGCCCACUGAAACGAAAAACUUUUUCAUCAUCAAACAAGAGCGAGGGUAUUAAAGUAAAUGGCUCCGUUUUAGAAGAAUCCACCAGUGACUGUCAGAUGGAUACCGAAAACGGUGACGGAUUUGGAGGUAAAGAUUCAGAAGAAGCGGAAUUAUCGUUUCGUUUAUGUCUAACGGAUGAUAGGGGUAUGAGUUGCAAACCGAUCUCAAAAGAUUCAGUUAUAAAACCUAGUAAAAUCGUUAAGGUUAUACUGGAUUGGACCGACAAGGAGCAUGAGUCGUACGAUGCAAGCUACCUUAAGGAUCUUCCGAUGGUGCACAAACCGGGGCUUACGGUUAAGAAAACGAAACAAGAAUCGAUCUCGUUGUUUUCUUGUUUAGAUGCGUUCUUGAAGGAAGAGCCUCUAGGACCUGAAGAUAUGUGGUACUGCCCGGGUUGUAAGGAACAUCGUCAAGCGACUAAGAAGUUGGAUUUGUGGAAGCUUCCGGAUAUUAUCGUCUUCCAUCUUAAACGAUUCUCGUACAGUCGGUUUUUGAAGAACAAACUCGACACGUUUGUGAAUUUUCCGAUUCAUAAUCUUGAUUUAAGCAAAUACGUUAAAAGUAAAGAUCCGUCGGGCGGAUCUAGCGUUUAUGAACUGUAUGCUAUUAGCAAUCAUUACGGUGGACUUGGUGGCGGCCAUUACUCUGCAUAUGCAAAGUUGGUUGAAGAAGAUAGAUGGUAUCAUUUCGAUGACGCUCACGUGACACCCGUAAGUGAAGGGGACAUCAGAACAUCGGCAGCGUAUUUAUUGUUUUAUCAAAGAGUGAACACUAGUAAAAAACCAAUGGGAGAGUCAUCCGGAGUUCAUGAGGAUUUUUGAAUAUCGAACUAAUAAUAAGAUUCCGAACCACCAAUGUGAAGAUCUCGUAUCCCCGAUUUUGGGUCGAUGAAAAUAGGGAUCUAAGUAGAUGUGUUGCUGGAAGGAAAACAUGAGUUUUUGAGACACAUUUUGAUGAUAUUAUAUUAUAUAUAAUUAGGAAGCUGGGAUGGUGUAGUUAUAUUGUGUCUCUAUUGGUAGAUUGUUGGUUUUAAAAGCUUAUCAAUUUUCCAACAUAAUAUUUUAUUAAAAGAUGAUUUUGCAAUUUGUAGUAUGCCUGUUUUAUUG